AUGUCUUUCAAAACAACGGCAACGAUCGCCUCCUUCGGCGGCAAGCUUUUGAAGCUCACCCACGAUGCCUCCACCGGCUGCGAGAUGGCACUGAACCUCUACCUCCCCCCCUCGGCCAGCUCCUCAGCCAAAGUUCCCGUCCUCUUCUAUCUCUCCGGCCUGACCUGCACAGGCGACAACUGCGCCGAGAAAGGCUUCUUCCAAUCCGCAGCCUCUCAAAAGGGAAUAGCCAUCGUCUACCCAGACACCUCUCCCCGCGGUCUCAACAUCCAAGGCGAAAACGACGCCUACGACUUCGGCACCGGCGCCGGCUUCUACAUCGACGCCACAACCCCCCUCUACUCCACCAACUACAAAAUGGAAUCCUACAUCACCCGCGAGCUCCCCGCCGCCCUCUUCGCCGCCUUCCCCGCCCUCGACGCCGACCGCGUGUCCCUCACGGGCCACAGCAUGGGCGGCCACGGCGCGCUGACCCUCUUCCUCAAGAACCCCGGCCGCUACAAGAGCGUGAGCGCCUUCGCGCCCAUCGCGAACCCGACCCGCUGCCCGUGGGGCGAGAAGGCCUUCGCCGGCUACCUGGGCGAGGAUCGCGAGCUGUGGAAGAGGCAUGAUGCUACGGAGCUGGUGAAGGGGUGGAAGGGCGGGGAGUUCGAGGCGCUGGUCGAUGUCGGGACGGGUGAUAACUUUUAUAAGCAGAAGCAGUUGCUGCCGGAGAAUUUGGUCGAGGCGGCCAAGAGUAAGAAGCUGGAAGUUAGAUAUCAGGAUGGCUAUGACCACUCGUACUUUUUCAUCUCGACGUUUGCGGCGGAUCACGUCAACUAUGCUGCAAAAUUUCUUCUUGCCUAG